GGAGAAUGGCUUUUCAGGGUUGGGUUUUGGGGGAGGAGUGGAUCUAGUUUGUAUAAGACAAUGCCUUUUUUUUUCAUUAUUCCCCUAUGGAUAAUUGACAUCUUUAUGGGUGUAGUGAAGAAAGAAGCCAGUGAAAAUAGAGAUGCAGAGCAAACUUGUGAUAUAAGGUUUGCAGGUAACUGUUGACUGGUAAUAGUGAAGUGAAGUAAUAGAGACUAGUGAAAUAUUUAAAGAUUUUUAAAAGAAAAAAACGUUUUAAGCGAAUGUGAACGAGACAAAUGGUAGGAGAUUAAAUAGAAACCGGUUGGAUAUCAAUGAAUGAUAUGUAUGAUGGAAGCCUUUUGGUAUGGGGGUCAAUGUAAUGGAGGCAAGUGUGAUUCGAAGUUGUCACAGGGCAGGCGAAACCAGAAAAGUAGGCUAGCAGGCUUUAUGUAAAAGAUCUGCAAAAGGAGCGUUCACGGAAACCCUUAUUGAAUGUAUAAAGGAAUUGUUGAACCAAUUCUCCUUUAUGAAAGCGAUUUUUUUUAUGUUGAAUGCAAACGAUAAAAAAAUUGAUAAUGUUCAGAUAAAACGAUUGCAUAAUUUCCUCUGAGUAAGAUUAACGGAAAGGAUGAGAAAUGUAGAGCAUCACUGAAGCAAUUACCAAAAGGUUGACUUGAUUGACAAGAUGACUAAGAGCGUAUAGAGAUGAUUUGCCGUAGGGAAAGAGUGUAAGUCGAUGAAAAUUGUGUCGGAAGUGUUAAGAACUUGUGACAGGCAAAGGUGAAGCUGUAUUAAGAAGGGAGUCCCUUGACAUCCUAGAAAUAAAAGACUGCGUGCAAAAAAGUAAUGAAUAGCAUAGCUUGGCUUCAAGACAUUACUGAUGAGCCUUUUGUUUAGGUCUAUGAAGCAGCAAAUGCCGAAGACAUUUUUAACACAAAGCCAUGAAAUUUUUACUCGCAAGUUUGGCUUUACUUCCUGUCAUCGCGAGCCACAUGUUUCUUCAGCUGCCACCAUUCUCAGCUAGCUCCUCUUCCACUGGGCGCCACAUGCCACUAGGCCUACGCCAGUACAGCCAUCAGGGUUCGGGAAGUUCUAUGAAAGGCCUACGGCAGCAGCAGCUUCAGCAGCAGCAGCCGGAAGAAGAACCUGUCCUCAUCGGAGACUCUCAGUACAGCCAAAGUGAAGAGCAGAGCUCAACUCAACAGCGCCUUCGUCAGAAGGGUCACCAUCAGCUCCAGGGCCCACAAGAUUCGCGUUCCUCAGACGGUCAAGACUUGGGAGGAGAUUGGAAUGCUGUCUACCAGAGUUCUUUAGAACCACGAGUUGAGGCAAUGCCGGAGAGCAAAAGAUCCGCUGACUACGAACUGGCAGUCAGAAUACCCGAAGGAUUCGACGAAGCCAUGGGGAGACAGGGAGGGGGAUCUUCCUCCUCCCCACUCUUGAGUUAUCUGCUCCCGUCCCUCCAGAACACCCUGUCCUCCAGGCCUCUGUCCAGUUACCCUUCUCGGUUCUUCAACGGCCUCAGCCAUCAGCGCCGUUCCAGCGCACCAAUGGCUUCCAGUCAGCACCGCUACGGAGGAUCCCUUCCCGAGGGCGCUAAGAAAACUCCCGCCAAGAGAUAUCUUGGCAUCGAGUUACCGGACUACAUAGCAUCCAACUACGGCGCCGAUAAAACAAGCAACACGAAGCUACACAACCUCAAGCAGCGCAUGCGCAGUGUGGGCAAGUAGAGUGGCAGAGGCGCUCGCACAACUCCAUCUUUGUUUCUGUUUAUGUAUCUGGAGUCCUCGCCGAUGCUCUGCGACAUCUGUCGGCAAGGAGAUUCACCGAGGGUUCGAUUUGUCUCUUCGGGAAACACUCAAAAUACAAAAAGAAAGAAGAAGCGCUUGUUUUCUUUCGUUUUCUUACUAAAAAGAUUUUUUUUUUCAGAGGAGAGGAAAUACAAUGACCAACGUAAAGGAGAGGAAAAUGGUUAUUUUAGAGAAUACGUACAAUGUUGUUUCAUAGAUUCGUAUCAAACAGUCAUUUCAUCAAACGAAAAUAUCUUAACCGACCGGAUUUAAGCUCUUAGAAAGGAAUUAUGUGUACUAUUAUCCAACUAGAUGAAAAGGUUGCCGAUCGAAACAUAGUGAUAACGGGAAAGAUUUCCUCAUGAGAACAGUUUAUUGCUAAAACGGAGAUUUGAACAUGUUUGUAAGCUUUGCAAAGAAAGCGUAGAGCAUGGAAUGCUUCAUAAAACAGUUAUUUAGAAAGAAUUGUAUUUGUAGCAGUCCGUAAACUGCAUAGGGCUGUGAAAUAAGCUUUCAUGUGAUGCAUUCUGCAGGUUUCCCCUGAUCUGCCAUUCCUUGAUAAGCUUCAGUAUUUGUCUGGAAAGAUAUAUAGCGGCAAAAGUGUGGAUUCAAGGCGAAUAUGAAAAAUAAAGUAGACGCCACACAGUAAUAUCACUGACUUUGGUGCAGAAGAGACUGAUUUAUGCGAUUUGAAAUGUAAAAUCUGUUUGAUAUAACAACUGUCCUAAAAGAUAUUCUGAAUGUUUCUUAUUUUCAGGUCUUGCAACAUCAUGGUAAACGUUUGAUAUAAAUAUAUAUAUAUAUAUAUAUAUAUAUAUAUAUAUAUAUAUAUAUAUAUAUAUAUAUCUCACAAGCAUGUGUCCUUAUCAUAUGAAAAUCUUUGUAUGCCAUGGAAUCAUACACUUAUAUUCAGUACUAUACACAUGAUGCAUAUAUACAUGAAUUUAUGCACAUAAACACAUAUAAAUGAAAUACUCAUGUAUAAUAUAUUUAUUCCUGAUAUGCACAUUCAUAUAACUGCGUAUGUAUGUAUGUAUAUGUAUGCAUGUAUGUAUGCAUGCAACAUAUGUAAUAAAAACGUAUAUCACCAAGAAUGUAAUGUGCCAUAAUCGUUAAAAAGAAAUUUAAGAGAGGCGUUCUUUAAACGUAUAAUGCAUGUUAAUAAUGACUGGCCCAAAGAGCUUAAUCACCAUAGAUCAGGGGCCAUUGACGUCAAUCUUUCUAUGCAUAGGCUCUGUGGAGGAAGAGAGUGAGUGAGGAGAGAGAGAGUAAGUGAGGGGCAGAGCAGGUGAGGAGAGACCAGGAGGAAGGAGGAACUGUGGAGAUGGACGGAUGGUUGAGUUAGAGGAGACUGGAGAAACCUAUUACUUGGUAAACUUCGUUGAGAGAGAGAGAGAUAGAGAGAAAGAGAGAGAGAGAGAGAGAGAUUAAUUUCCACUAAAAUGGAUAAAAAAAGCAAGUUGAUGACUAUGUACACGAACUGCCAUAAAUACACACACGCUUGUAUAUAUAUAUAUAGAUAUAUAUAUAUAUAUAUAUAUAUAUAUAUAUAUAUAUAUAUAU